AUGGACCAGAGCACAGCGUUUCAAGAGUCGUACACGGAUAAUCUCAUCGGGACUUUGCUUGCCAUCUUUGGAAAUGUGUUGGUCAGCAUCUCCUUAACAAUCCAGAAACUGGGUCAUGUGACCUUGGCGUGCACCAACGACACUCGGGCCUUCUACCGCACUAAGACCUGGUGGUGUGGCUUCGUCCUCACGUGUCUGGGAGAAUCGGCAAACUUCACCUCCUAUGCCUUUGCCCCGCUGUCCCUGGUGGCCCCUCUCAAUGCAGUGUCUCUGCUCACAAGCUCCAUUUUGGGGUUUAUUUUCUUGCGAGAAAAGUUGAAGGCCAAAGAAUUUGCAAAACGUUAUGGCUUGUCAUUUUUUGGCUGCCUGCUCACCAUCGGAGGAACUUACCUUUUUAUAUCAUUUGGACCAAACGCCCACGAGAGGCUUGACGCACAACAUGUUGUAGCACACAUUGUAUCGUGGCCUGUUCUUUUGUACCUGUGUCUGAGCACCAUCACUUUCUGCCUGCUCCUCUACUUUUACAAAAGACGCUGCUACAACUACCUCCUCAUCGUUCUUCUGCUCGUCGCUUUGCUCGGCUCAGUGACUGUGAUCACGGUGAAGGCGGUGUCGGCCAUGUUGGUUCUGACUGUAGAAGGUUUCAUGCAGCUGCAGUAUCCCAUCUUCUACGUCAUGUUUGUGUGUAUGUGCUCUUCAGUCGUCUUCCAAGCCAGCUUCCUGUCUCAGGCUUGUGCUCUUCACGACUGCUCUCUCAUCGCUAGCGUCAACUACAUCGUCUCCACGUCCUUCGCUGUUAUCGCUGGCGCAGUAUUCUAUGAGGAGUUCAAGCAUGAAGACAUUCUGCAUAUCUGCAUGUUUCUCCUGGGAACCGCAAUCUGUUUCCUGGGAGCAUUCCUCAUCACGAGAAACCGUAAGAGGACCAAGGCUUUCGAGCCCUACGUGACUAUGGACAUGGCAAAUGAGGUCCCAAUCGUGCAUUGUAAGCGCUCGGUGGUGCAGCCUGAUGGUUCCUUCUCGUACGGGGCUCUGGUGAAUAACGACAGUGUGGCCCCGGCUCCACUUCCCGACCGUCUGAAGCCUCCUCCAGUCAACCAGGCAGCGCAGGCCACGCCCACACCGCGGGACCACAAGGCGGAUUAA